AUGAGUGCAAUACCGGGCUCUAUUUAUGGCUUCGCUUGUGGUUCAACCGAAUUAAGCAAGAUACAAAAGAUAUACCUGCUCGUGACGGCGAGUUGCGUUUACGCGAUAGUUGCUAUUUUUCAGAUAGGAUGUUCUUUAUUUCGAAUUCGAGUCGAUAGUUGUUCCCAAGAUACUUCCACCGUUCGAUUUUUCAUUGAUACAACCUACGCUUUUGUUAAAAUAUAUGUUGUGGGUCUUCUACCAAUAAUUGCUACUCGAAAGAUACUUAUACAAGAAUCAGUUCGUAUAAAUACAGCACCAAGCUUAGCCGAAGACUUAAAAAUUUUAUUUGGCAAGAAACGUGCUUAUAUCAUUCCUUUGGUUUAUAUUAUUUCUGCAGUAUCAAUAGGGUCUACUUUUUUUGAUAUUAUUAGCAAUGAUCGUGAAAGAAAAAGAACAUUGCUUUUAUAUCCUGGAGAUAAAGACUUUUGGUGUCCAAUUCACCGUAUUGUGUGCGGAUUUGACUUUCUGAUAUACAAAAGAUACGAACUAAUAUUUCAUAUUGUUGAGAGAAUUCCUAGUUUUAUGGAACCGAAAAAAACAUUUACUAAUCUGGAACGUGAUCGUGACUGCAGUGCAAUUUGGAGUGUAUUUUUGGAUUGCAAAAUUGUUUUUAUGGAAUAUAUUUUACGAAUGGCUACCAAAUCUCAUCCCAUUAAAGUAUUUUCUACAAUUGGUGUAUUUAUGGAUCCUCAUGCAAUACUUAUAGAUGGAUUACAUGCGAAUCAACAACCGUAUUAUCAGCAAGUUGCGUUUCUAGAACUAUGGCAUAUUUCAAAAUUUGAUCAUGACCGGCGUGUUGCAAUAUAUGCGGAUUUCAAUCGCAAACAACCUUUUAAUUGUGCUUUGCAUAAUCAUCCAACAUCUGCCUGGACGGAGAUUUCGCGCACAUGCAUGGAUUUUAUAUUAGGACUUGCAAAUUCUGCACAGAAUGAGCUUAAAACGCAACAACGUAGGAAGUCAGAAAUGAAAAAUAAGCAUGAUCUAUUUAAAAAGCUUACAGAGUCUGCUAAAAAGCAGAAACAAUCGGUGAAAGUUGGGCAGAGAAAUCUCGACGUUGGUGUCACCGCAGAUACAUUAACCAAAGAUCGUGAAUAUUGGGAGAUGAAAUUACUUGAAUGGUUUCACCCUGUAGGAGGCAAUCAACGACCAUAUGUGAGAAAGUUAUAUUGUCUUAUUGUAGCUCCUUUAUUUAAGCGAUCUAUCGAACGACGAACAAAGAAUGUAUUUAAAGACUUGCACAUAACAGUGUAUGCCAUUCAGGCUCUAACAAUGCUUAUGGUCAGGUCAUUGCACGAGGAUACACAUGGAAUAGUCCAAAAUGAUAUCUCUAGAGUAUUUGAAUCAAUGUUAGAUUGCUUAAUGUCGCUUGAACGGUAUGCCAAGGAACCGCCGUUAGACGAUUGGGACAUAGGUGAUCCGUUUACAGACACACCUUAUAAAGUUUUAGCUGACCCGUUUAUUGUUAUUAAUGUGAUAAAAGAUGCACUUUUUGAUCUGUCUGCCGCAUUUAUGCCACACAUGGAUUACGUUAAGCUUACAUCUGUGCACUACGACAGAUUGGAUAAAUUAAUGAAUGAGAGGAGGUAA